AUGGGACAACAAAAUGUUGCUACUCCUGAUGCAUAUGCAAAUGUCAAUUGUGCUGGUAUAGCUAAAUUCUUUAACCCAUUUGCUUGUUUUGUUCAAAUAGAUGAAAAGUCAUGGAUAAUGGAUAGUGGUGUAUCUGAACACAUGACUUUCAACAAAAGGGGCCCUUCACUGAAGAGCCCUCUAGAGAUUGGAAAUUCUUACUUCCCUUUUACUUCUGAGCAUCUUUAUAAGUCUUUCAACUCAACAGAUGAUGAUCCAAUACACACUCAUUUACCUAUAAAUGGGGAACCUACUCCUGAGCCUAUCUCCUCAAAUUCACCUAUAAGUUCAAAACACUCUUCACCUUCACAUCUUUCAGCUACUCCUGUCAAUUCUACUGUCCACAUUCUUAAUUUUCACCCACCAUUUCUGCAUCUAGUCCUCACAAAUGCACCCGCGCCCCCAACUACAGUUGUCAGAGGCUGGGGCCAGGGUAGAGGCCAAGGACACGCAUGUAGUGCAACUAGAGCACCUGCGCGAGCUGCCGCCGAGGUACCACCAACAGUUCCAGCUGGAGUACAGACACCUGACACACCUACUGUUACUACUAUUCCAGCUCUUCAGGAGACUCUGGUCCCUGAGAUUAUUCCUGUAAUCGCAUGCAGUGUCAAUUCAUCUCGAGCUAGUGGUAUUCUAGCACCUCCUAGAUCUCAAGAGCCUUAUUAUGCACCUCCGGUAUCUAGCGCGCCUCCUGUGCGGGGUUCUUUCAGAGGUGCAGCGCUGCAGAAGUUGCUUAGUGGCCGCAGUAGCGGAAUUUGGUCAUUUCUUCAGGAAUUGCAGAAGCGGUGCACUCCUUGUUUCCUCUUACCGGUAUCACCAUCUUCAUUCCCUUUUCAUGGUCUUUCCACCACUAACCAACAUCUACUUAAUGCUUUAUCCAAUAUCCAAGAACCUAGUAGCUAUACACAGGCAACACUUCAUCCUGGUUGGCAGGAGGCUAUGACAAAAGAAAUUGCAGCACUAGAGUUCAAUAAAACAUGGGAAAUUCUGGAAUUGCCUCCUGGAAGAAAGGCUUUGCCUUGUAAAUGGGUCUACAAGGUGAAACAAUAUUCUGAUGGGAGUAUAGAAAGGUUGAAUUCAAUAUUGGUAAUUAGGGGUGAUAUACAACAAGAAGGGAUAGACUUUACAGAAAUAUUUUCUCAUGUCGUCAAAAUGACAACUAUCACGUGUAUUCUUUCUAUAGCAAUUAAGAAAGGGAAUGACAUGGAUGAAUUACAUACGUUAAAGAUGUUUCUAUAUCAAGAGUUCAAAAUAAAAGAUUUCGGGGACUUACAUUUCUUCCUUGGUAUGGAAGUUCUUCGUGAGGCAUCCAGAUUGAUUCUUUGUCAGAGGAAAUUUACUCUGGAUUUUCUAGAAGAAUUUGGUUCUCUGCAUUGCUCCCCUGUUUCCUCUCCUCUUGAUCCCACUGUCAAAUUGCUCGCCAAAACAGGGAAAGCUCUUCCUUCUCCAACUUUGUACAGACAUCUUUUGGUACAUCAUUUGAGUCAGUAUAUGCAGGAUCCAAGAAAGCCCCAUUUGCAUGCCGCACUUCGUGUCCUCCGAUAUCUGUUGAAAGACGUAGCUGGUUUGGGGCUUUUCAUGACAACUUCCCUAUCAUUUCACCUCAUCGCUUUUUGCGACUCAGAUUGGGGAACUUGUCCAGAAAUAAGGAAAUUAGUGAGUGGUUUAUUCAUUUCACUUGGAGGAUCUCCAAUUUCAUGGAAAUCGAAGAAGCAGACUUCCAUUUCUCUCAGCUCAGUAGAAGCGGAAUUCCGUUCUAUGCGGCAUGUAGUAGCAGAAUUAACUUGGUUAGUACGCCUCUUUGAAGAUCUGUCUAUCCCCAUUUCUUUUCCAGUACCACUCCAUUCCGACAGUCAAGCAACGAUUCAUAUUGCUAAAAAUCCCAUCUUUCGUGAACGAACUAAACACGUCGAAAUUGAUCGUCAUUUCGUGAGACAACAAUUUAUUGCUGGCUUGAUUUCUCUUUCAUUUGUUCGAUCUUCUUCUCAUCUGGCAGAUUUGUUCACUAAACCCUUAGCUGGACCUUCUCACCACCAUUUGUUAGGCAAGUUGGGUGUUCUUUCAUCCCCCUCCAACUUGAGGAGGUGUGUUGGAGAUGGUGGUUCUAAUGGUGUUUCUCUCGAAAGUUCUACUGUGGUUCAAGGUGGCUAG